UUUAAAUUAUUUUUGAGCAAUCAUGGAAUUAAAGCUACUUGCAUUGGGUUUUUUGCACUUGGCUAUAGCUAUGCCGGCUAUAACACUCCAUGAUUUGGAAAUGGUCGAUGACACGAUGUCAAUUGGGUCAUAUGUCCGGGAAACCAGGGCUGCACCACCUGAAAAUUUUCACAAAACUUACCAAAGCGAAGGUGACGGAGAGAUCGGAUAUUCCAGAAAGAAGACUGGCGGUGGCAAAAAAGGUUACCAACAUUUCGACUCCUACCACAAAAAGGCCGGAGACAACUAUGAGCUUGAAACACAAGACUCGUUUGGACUAGAUGACGAAGGUCACGAUGGAGCCCACAGUCAUCCUCAAGAGAAAAGAGAAAGAUAUCGUGAAGAGGAACCAGAAGCUGAAGAAGAAGAAGUAGAAAAAGUUGAAAAGUCAGCGAAUGAUCACGAAGAACUAAGAGAGGGCCCUCAGGAUGGUAAUGGUGGAGUGGAAGCUGUAGGUCAUGAUCCUGCUGACUACGUUCUUCCAGAAAAGUACACCUAUGGUACUGGGGAUGAAUAUAAUUUCUAAAUUAAAUAAAAAGUGUAUCUAAU